UCAAUACAGAACAAACUUGAGCAAGGAGAUCCGCCGCCCUACACGUAUAUAUCUCUGUCUGAACAAAACGGAGGCAGAGGAAAUCUGCCCACCCAGCACCGUCGGCGAUCACCGUCGGCCGCCGAGAACUUGGAUUCCUACACCAGCUGUUACUGCGCGCGCUGCAGGUCCCCCAAUUUUUAAAACCGAUAUGGCGACGGGAGAGAGUUCCGUUGAAAUGAGUCAGGAGGUGGAAGCGCCUGAACUCUCUAAUGGAAGUGGCGAAGCGACGAGUAAAAUUGAGGAACGGGAAGAUGUUGAGGAAAAAACUGAUGGAACACAAGAAGCAGCAAAGAAGAAGAAGAAAAAGAAUAAAAGCAAGAAGAAAAAAGAGCCCCCUCAACAAACUGAUCCGCCAACCAUUCCCGUGGUUGAACUUUUUGCAUCUGGAGAGUUUCCAGAGGGUGAAAUUCAACAGUACAAGGAUGAUAAUUUGUGGAGAACAACAUCUGAGGAAAAGAGAGAAUUAGAACGAUUGGAAAAACCAAUUUAUAAUUCAAUUCGACGUGCAGCUGAGGUCCACCGUCAGGUUCGAAAAUAUAUGCAGCAAAUAAUGAAGCCAGGGAUGCUGAUGAUUGAUUUGUGUGAGACCUUGGAGAACACGGUUCGCAAAUUGAUUUCUGAAAAUGGUUUAGAAGCAGGCAUUGCAUUUCCUACGGGUUGCUCUUUGAACUGGGUUGCUGCUCAUUGGACGCCAAAUUCUGGAGACAAAACAGUACUUCAAUACGAUGAUGUGAUGAAACUGGAUUUUGGAACUCAUAUUGACGGGCACAUUGUGGAUUGUGCAUUUACUGUUGCAUUCAACCCCAUGUACAACCCACUGCUUGAAGCAGCGCGUGAGGCUACUAAUACGGGAAUUAAGGAAGCUGGAAUUGACGUGCGUCUGUGUGAUAUUGGUGCUGCAAUUCAAGAGGUGAUGGAGUCAUAUGAAGUUGAAAUUAAUGGAAAGAUGUUCCAAGUCAAAUGUGUUCGAAACCUGAAUGGCCAUAGCGUCGGGCAAUACCAAAUCCAUGCAGGAAAAUCUGUUCCCAUUGUUAAAGGAGGAGAGCAAACAAAAAUGGAAGAGGGAGAAUUCUAUGCCAUUGAAACUUUUGGAUCCACAGGGAAGGGAUUUGUCCGUGAAGAUCUAGAAUGCAGCCAUUACAUGAAGAACUUCGACGUCGGUCACAUUCCACUGCGGAUGCCCAGAUCGAAACAGCUGCUGGCAACAAUUAAUAAGAAUUUCUCUACAUUGGCGUUCUGCAGGCGCUAUCUAGAUCGCCUGGGAGAAACCAAGUACUUGAUGGCACUAAAGAACUUGUGCGAUGCGGGCAUAGUCCAGCCGUAUCCUCCACUCUGUGACAUCAAGGGUAGCUAUGUCGCGCAAUAUGAACAUACAAUUUUACUUCGUCCAACGUGCAAAGAAGUAGUCUCGCGAGGAUCUGACUACUGAUCAAGAGCCCCUAGGUACGCCUAUGUAGCUCCAAUCUUAAGUAUUUAAGAAUUCUCUACAUCUUUGUGAUAUCCUAAAAAAGCCAAAAACUAUUGGGGAUCCCUUUCUUUCGUGAGCAUAUGUUAUAAUUUAAGGAUUGUUUUCUUGAUUGCUCGGUA